UGAACAGUCAAAAGUUCCACAUAAGCGCUUGGUGGCUGACAACACCGCCAAGAUACGUGGCCCGUGUAUAUUCCGCUGGUCGUGUUCUUGUUUAUAUUUUUUACUAGAAAAUAUCGUGAAAAAACACUCCAUAAGCCGUACAAGGCUUAACCAGCACCAUGAACCCACAAUACCUGCCCCCAGGGCCGAACAACAAUGCACCGAACAACCCUCUCGGCUCCGACUACAACGGAGUCCAAAACGCCAACAUGUACAGUCAGAAUGGGCCACACAAGCCAUAUGACAGCGAUAUGGCCCAGAAAAUGCAGGGCAUGAACUUGAAUGGACCUCAGGGCUUCUCCCAACUACCACCCGGACAAUUACCACCUGGCGCUUUCCUGCCAACAUCCAAUUUUGGUGGACAGCCUGGAUUCCGGCCACCAAGUGCAGGACAGUUUCCGCCGAGACCAAUGCCUGGGCAGCCACCGCAAAGUCAGACUCCUAAUUUAGAAAACAGGCCGUUCCCGCAAGGGCCUAUGCAAGCAAAACCACCUAGUCAGCAAGGUCCUGGGCCGAUGCCAAAUCGUCAACCACCUGGGUCUAUGGGGCCUCAAGGGCAAUUGCCUCCUGGUGCUCAACCUCAUCCUGGUAUGCCACCAAGCUCGCAGCCAGGCCAGAUGCCUCCAGGCCAAGGUCCUCCAAGUCAGUUUGGUCAGAUGCCUGGACAGGGUCCACCUGGUCAAUUACCUCCAGGACAAAUGCCACCUAGUUCACAGGGUCUUGGUCUGCCUCCUACAUCACAGGGCCCGCCCCAUAUGCCUCCUGGCCCUCAACCUGGAGGUCCGCAGAGCCAGCCUGGUCAAAUACCAUCACAAGGACCGCCUGGGCAAAAUUUUCAAGGUCCAGGACAACCUCCAAGUUCACAAGGACAGUUGCCUCCACAUAGUCAGCCAGGACCUCAAGGUCCGGGACCUAUGGGUCCUCCUGGACAUAAACCUAUGCAACCACCAAUGCCCGGGCAACCACUAAUGCCUCAACAACCACAAAUGCCAGGACAACCGCCAAUGUCUCAGCAAUCACAAAUGCCAGGGCAACCACCGAUGACUCAGCAACCGCAAAUGGCAGGUCAACCACCCAUGCCACAGCAACCACAAAUGCCAGGACAACCUCCAAUGUCUCAGCAAUCACAAAUGCCAGGACAGCCUUCAAUGUCUCAGCAAUCACAAAUGCCAGGGCAACCACCUAUGCCAGGGCAACCACCUAUGCCAGGGCAACCACCUAUGCCUCAACAACAAAGGCAACCAGGCAUGCCACCUUUUGGAGCCCCUCAGUUUCCUCAAGGGCAACCACCGCAACCAGGGUUACCGCCGCAACCUGGGCAACAACCGAUGCCUGGGCAACCUCAAAUGCCUGGGCAAUCACCACAACUGCCCGGGCAACCACCGAUGCCUGGCCAACCACAAAUGCCUGGGCAACCACCAAUGCCCGGCCAACCUCCUAUGCCUGGCCAACAAAUGCGUCAACCAGGAUUGCCGCCUCAACCCGGUGCACCCCAGCAACCGCCAACAUCGCAAUUUAGCCAGUAUUCUGCGUCGUUACCCGGCAUGCCGCACAUGCCGCCCCCGCUGCAGCAAAAGGGACCUUAUGGUCAACCUCCGAUGCCUGGUCAACCGCCAAUGCCAGGACAACAAAUGCCUGGACAACCCCCAAUGCCAGGCCAACCUCCAAUGCCCGGUCAACCAAUGCAGCCGAUGAUGGGUCAGCAGAUGGGACAACCGCCCAUGCCUAUGCCUGGUCAACCGCCGAUGCCUGGGCAACCGCCGAUGCCUGGGCAACCGCCGAUGCAGCAAGGAUAUCAGCAACCACAAUCCGGGUACCCGCCGCAGUACCAGGCCCCGUUCCCCGCCCAGCAGCCCGGGUACCCCGCCCAAUACGGCCAGCAGCCUCAAAAGCGGCUGGACCCUGACCAGAUGCCAAGCCCUAUCCAAGUGAUGGCGGACGACCAGGCGAGCCGCGGUGGCGUGUUCAGCACCAACGAGAAGGGCGCCGUGCCGCCGCUGGUCACUACCGACUUCAUUGUCUACGAUAAGGGGAAUGCUAGUCCGCGAUUCAUCAGGAGCUCGAUGUACAACGUGCCUGUGACCGCUGAUCUGUUGAAACAAACCGCCAUGCCGUUCUGUCUUGUGAUAUCCCCCAUGGCGGAAACCUUCGAGCAAGAGCGUCCGCCCCCCCUCCUGGACUUCGCAGCCCUGACGGGGAGCCCCACGCUGGGCCCGGUGCGCUGCUCGCGCUGCAAGGCCUACAUGUGCCCUAACAUGAAGUUUAUAGACGCAGGGAGACAUUUUAAGUGCGCGUUCUGCAAGGCUACCACUGAAGUACCCAUGGAGUACACACAGUACAUCAACAGCAUGCAGCAAUACGGACAUCUGCCCGCAGAAAUGGCGCUCGGUGCCUACGAGAUCGUCGCUACGAAGGAGUAUUGUCGAAAUAACACAUUGCCUAACCCGCCCGCCAUAGUGUUUUUAAUUGACGUAUCCUACAAUGCUAUCAAGAGCGGCCUCGUCCACACCAUCUGCGAGAACAUACAGGAGAUUAUUGAGGCUAUACCCAAAGACGAGCAAACGGGUAAAAGCUGGACCCGCGUAGGCUUCAUCACCUACAGCUCCACCGUCCACUUCUACAAUAUCAAGGGCUCCCUAGCACAGCCACAAAUGAUGUCAGUAGGCGAUGUGGCGGACAUGUUCGUACCUUUACUGGAAGGGUUCCUCGUGACGCCAGAAGAAAGUGGGGUGGUGUUACAAGCACUUUUGCAGCAACUACCCAAUAUGUUUGCUGACAACAAGGAGACGGAAACGAUAUUGCUGCCAGCCGUGCAGGCGGGAUACGAAGCGCUAAAAGCGGCGGACACAUCAGGUCAACUGCUCGUGUUCCACACAACUUUGCCCAGUUACAACGCGCCGGGCAAACUUAUCAACAGGGAGGAUAGGAAACUACUAGGCACGGAUAAGGAGAAACAGAUCACUUCACCGCAAACGACAGCAUACAACGAGCUAGGCCAACUAUGCUCUCAAGCCGGCGUUGCGGUAGAACUGUUUAUAUGUAACAACGCGUAUGUGGACUGCGCUACUAUUGGACAACUGUCCAGACUAACUGGAGGAGAGUUACACAAGUACACAUACUUCCAGGCGGAUUUAGACGGCCCCAGAAUAGUAUCUGACGUGAUCCGCGUGGUGUCCCGCCCGACGGCGCAUGACGCAGUAAUGCGCGUGCGGACAUCCACCGGCGUCCGCGCCACUGACUUCUAUGGACACUUCUUCAUGUCUAAUACUACUGAUGUUGAAUUGGCUGCCAUUGACGCGGACAAGGCGAUCGGCGUAGAAAUCAAACAUGACGACAAGCUAACAGGCGAAGACGGAGUAUACAUACAGGCUGCCCUACUAUACACACACCGCAGCGGCCAGAGGAGAUUGAGGGUGCUCAACCUGGCGUUAGGAGCGGCGCCGCAGCUGGCAGAUGUCUAUCGGAGUAUGGAGCUUGAUACGACGCUCAACUUCCUUACUAAACAAGCCGUGUGGGCGCUCAGAGAACACACCCCCCGCCAAAUCCGCGAAGGCCUGGCCGCUCGCUGCGCCAAGUCGCUCGCCGCCUACAGGAGGCACUGCGCCUCGCCGUCCAGCGCUGGCCAACUGGUGCUGCCGGAGAGUAUGAAGCUGCUGCCGCUUUAUACCAGCUGUGUUCUACGAUCGGAUGCACUAGGCGCAGGCACGGACAUAACCUGCGACGACAAAUCGUGCGCGAUGUACCGCACUCUAACCGCCGACGUGUCCACGUCCGUCGUGUACACGUACCCUCGCCUGCUGCCGCUGCACCGUCUCGCGGAGGACCCUGCACUCUCGCCGCUCAGGGCUUCCAUGGACAAGAUGAAUGACCAGGGAGUUUAUCUAUUAGAAAACGGCGUCCACAUGCUAAUCUGGGUCGGCUCCCAAGCCCCGCUCGACUUCGUACGAGACGUGUUCGACGCGGCUUCCCCUCAACAGAUCGACACGCGAGUAUGUACGUUACCUGAGUUGGACAAUCCGCUCAGCGUAGCUGUGAGGGGCGUGUUAGAAGAUGCGACUAGAUCAAGAAGAAAGGCCAUGAGGCUAACCGUGAUGCGCCAACACGACAAGCUGGAGACAGUCCUCCGUCACUUCCUGGUCGAGGACCGCGGCGUGGACGGGUCCUCCUCCUACGUGGACUUCCUCUGCCACAUCCACAAGGAGAUCCGCGCGUUGCUAUAGCAUUUGUACUAUUAACGCGCUUAAUGGCGCGUACGCACGCGGUGGGUAAAAGGUCCUUAUGGUGCGCUUUCGAUUUCAAUCUACAAUUGUCACCUUAACUGAUUAGGUGCAUAUUAAAAUUCAUAUGUAUCAAAACCAUCAGACCUACUACUUGACGACAACGUGUCGUGAUUGGCGCUGAAUGAAUUGAUAAUUGUAACUAUUACUAAAUACACGAUAUUUACCAUGUAUAUUACUUUUUUCGUGU